AAAAAAUACAAAAAAGUCGAGCUCUCACUUGCAUCUCCUUGCACGCUUAGGUCAGAUGUCCGCAGGCACUUUAACCUGGCAUCUGGCUCUCCUGGAUCGACGACCAAAGCGGGCGCUGGCUGUUGAGAGUUGCUAUCUUUAUCCCCAUCCCCCAUGUCUUCCCGCGGGCAACCCCAGAAAAUGAUGGGAUUCGUCACCCAGCGUGUCGGCUCAACGGUCAGCACUCUAUGCGGCAUAGCUUGGUUCGCGAUUCCCGGGAACCGCAGCAGCCGUCGGCCACAUGGAUGGUGUGAGAUCUGCAAUGAGCUCCCGUCUUAUCUUGUCUGUCUGUAAUGCUAUGUCCGAGCUCCAGCCGUUGCUUUCGAGCACAAGACGGCGAACCUCCACCGACUUCACCGAGCUGUUGCCGGACAGACAUGGCCUUGCACCUCGCUUCUCUGCUUUGAGCCAUGUGCAUCUCCAUCCACAGCUCGAGACGAGCACUGCUGCGCACAUGCGGUGCUACCCGAGCAAGUCCCUGGGUGCAGUGCAGGCCAUGCACAAGGCGCAGGGCCCUUUUGGCCUGGCCUUGCCCUCUCGCUUGCACCUCCAUGUCCUUACUGCACGCAGCGCGCUCGCGACCUCGCCCGCAGGCAGGGCCUCCAAUUGGAGGCUGCGGCAUUUCGGCAUAUCUCGUCGGUGCGACGAUGAUUCGACAGCGCCUCGUCAUUUUGUGACAGGUCGUUUCAGUCGACCCUUUCUGGGGAACUGGGAACCACGACUCUCUCUUUUUGCGUCUCCACCUUUGCGAACAAGCCUUAUGAAUGACGACCACGGCGAUGAAUUUUACAUGCUUAUUGAUUUAUUACUUUUAUUACCCUUUCACUUCUUGGCCGCCUUUUCGCAAUCUCCUACCAGAUACUCAACAUCGCUUCACCCAUGCAUGCACUGCCGACUUUGUUUUUUUUUUUUUUUUUUUUUUCAUUGGGGCCGCAAGAACAAGACGGAUACCGCUAGGCGGCGCCGAACCGCAGGCGACGAAUGGCUUGGCCCAGAAGCGCUGUGUGCGACCAGUUCAUCUGCGCGACAGGGGUCUCUGCCUUAGCCUUGGCUUCUCAAAGAAAAAAAAAAAAAAACAUUGGCAUGCCGAGCAGC